AUGCUGGCCACCCUGUACAAGUCAUUUUGGAAGGCUGAGUACUGGCUCCCUCCCGGGUACACUUGGGCUGAUUUGGAAGAUUCAGAUGGCAUCAUAUACCCUCAUCCUAAAGACCUGCUGGCAGCCAUUCCCCUGACAUUUAUCUUAAUAGUCAUUAGAUAUGGCACUGAGAGGAUCAUAGGGCUGCCCUUAAGUAGAGCCAUGGGUGUGCGUGACCCCCUCAGGAUCAAGGCUACUCCCAACCGCAUCCUGGAGUCAUUUUUCUGGACCCAGAGUAAGAAUCCCAAAAAGGAUGAGCUAAGUCACCUGGCCAGCCAAUGCAGCCUCUCUGUGAGGCAAGCUGAGCGCUGGUUUCGACGCCGGAGAAACCAAGAGCGACCAUUACUGAGCAAGAAAUUCUCUGAAUCCUGUUCAAGAUUUUUAUUUCACUCCUGUUUUUCUUUUGGAGGCUUGUUCAUCUUCUGCAAUAAAACUUGGUUUGGCCAGCCAGAGACAAUAUGGAAUGGGUACCCUAAGCAGGUAAGCUGCCCAGAUCUUUGCUGGUGGUAUAUAUUUCACAUUGUCUUCUAUUUUUUCAUUCUUUUGGUUUUGUUUUAUAAUUUCUUGAUUUCCCAUAGAGACUUCUAUGGAUAUGUCAUCCAUCAUUUUGUGACUGUCACUUUGAUCUUCUACUCUUAUUCUGCCAACCUGGUGCACAUUGGUGUUCUGGUGAUGCUGUUACAUGAUGUGUCAGAUAUCUUUCUGGAGACUAGUAAGAUGAUAGCUUAUGCAAAGUGGAAGCAAGCUCAGAACAUCAUAUUCAUCCUCUUUGGCCUGGUGUUCUUUGUUAGCAGACUCAUUUUCUUCCCAACCAAAGUCAUCUACAAUUUCUACUAUGUUUUCCAGACCAACAACCAGUUCUUCUUUGGAUAUUACUUUUCCAAUUCCCUCCUGAUGGUUACACAGAGUCUUAAUCUCUUCUGGUUUUUCCUCAUCCUCAAAGUGAUCUAUAAGUUUUUAUCAGAGGGCCAAGUAAAGAGUGACGUGAGGAGUGACCUAGAGGAGCCAGACCUGAGCGAUGAGCUGUUGACAGUGAAACACCAGAGCAACACAAGCCUCCAGUUCAAUGAUGCCACAGAUAUUCGGGCCCGGGGGGCUCGAGGGACUGGCCAACUCACAGAGGCUGACCCUGUAGCAUAAUCUAGUCCAGCUUAGUGACGAUCCCUGGAUGACUGGUCUCCCGACUGCCUGCAGACUGAAUCACUCUGGGAAAUGUCUUAAAUUCUGGUUGAGGAUGGACUCGAUAGAACAAGGCUUGUAGUGGACAGGGACCCUUCACUUCUAUCUCCUUGUGUCUGUCUGUCUCUCUGUAUACUCCCUUUACUGGACCUUAGGGUAGGGGAGAAAGGAUGGAAUAUUUCUGAUGAGAAUUUUAUGGUGAAUUUAGCAAUCUUUCUAUUGAACAGACUUUUCCCCUGAGCCAUUGUCCUUGGACUUGCCUGUCCCUUAAAAGAACAGUAUGAAGCGGAGGAGGAUGAGGAGAGCCCUUUUAAAGUUCCCUAAGUAACUCACUAUUCCAGUCACCCACAGGAUAUUCCAAACAUUUUUAUCCCUUCUCAAACCUUCCAUGGCUCUCAUAGCUAGGCAACCUUGCCUGAUAUUUCACUGAGAAGAAACAGUUUGAAUUCAGGUCCAGGCCACACCCAACACUACUGCCUUUGUGUGGUACAAUAAACUCCUUUUGCUUAUUUCCAGAGUUUUCCCUAUUACAGCAUACAGCCUGAGCAAAAAAUUUUCCUUUUAACAAUUUGAUGGGCCAGCCAGGAUGGGUCAUUUGCUAGCAUGACUAUCACUAGGUCUACUCUGCCUGCACAGCUGACACUCAGACCUUUGUCUGAUCUCAGGCUAGAGUGAACUCUCCCAGCAAUCAGUCAGACAUGAAGUGGUCAGAAAAUUAAGCUCCUUGAACUCAGGAAAGAUAAGGAGAAAUAGGUCUAGAACUCAAAACUGGUUCUUUAUCUUUUGCGCAUGAAGAAAAAGAACUGCAUGUUUGUGGAAAUGGGGCAGUGGUGAGUAGAUGGUCUCACUCAACUUUAGGUUGCCCCAAGGCAAGAUGAUACUAGUAUCAAUAUGGGACUGGAACAGGGUAAAUCUCAAACUCUUAAAAGCUGGGAUAAGGUAAAAUUGCAUGUUCAACUGAGAAUGUUUAAAGCACAUGAUUGGACUUGGCACUUAGAUAAUUGUGGAAAGCAAAUUUGACUAGAUAAAUGUGGGACCCUUGAUUUUUGUCAGCUGCACAUGUUAAUAACCAGGCCUGAAGGACUGGAGCCUAAGAAUGGAUUAUUGGUGCUAUGAGGCAAGACUUUCAAGCCAAGACUGCCCCUCAUUAUCAUGUCUAUACAAUCUAGAUUUCUCAAAAAAAAAA